AUGGAGAGACCAAAGUUGGAAGAUGAGUUAAAGCUCUGUGAUGUCAAGAAAGUGAAUCUCGGUAAAGCUUUUGAUAAGCUUCACUCUCAAGCUUCUGAACUACUUGUCUUCACUCAUCAAUGGAGAGACUUGGAGGAUUAUUUGAAGUCAGUGCAAGGCCAAGUGGAGAAGAGGUUCAUGGAGUUGGAGUCAAGAGAGGUGGAUUUACAAAACAGAUGCUUUGGGGUUGAUACAAUAGGUGAGUUAGAGGUUAAAGCUGAUGGGCUUAGGAGGGAGAUUGAAGACAAAGAAAAGGUUCUUAAGAUGUUGGUGGAAGAGUGUAAGGUCAAAGAGAGGUCAAAGGCUAGUCAACUCGAAGAGAUGAUGGAGUCUUUGAGGAAGACUCAAUCUCUCAGGAGAGAAUUGGAUGAGGAGAAUGAGAGAAAGACAAGAGAUCUCUCAUUGAUUCAGAACAAGUCUUUGGAAUGUGGUAAGAUUCUUGAGACAAGGUCCUUGGAACUAACAAAGACUCAAGGUGAGCUUGAUAUGAAGGUGGAACAGUUAAGACAUGUGAAGGUUGAGCUUACCACAGAGAUGGAGCAUCUUGAGAGGAUUCAAACUCUCAAUAGAGAAUUAGAAGAGGAUAUAAAGAGGAAGAAGAAGGAUCUUGAAAGGCUAGACUCUCAACAAAAGCAGCUUGAAGUGGUGGAAGAGCAACUAGAUUCUCAGAAGAAGCUGCUUGAGACAUGGUCCUUGGAACUUGUCUCUAAAGAGAAAGAGUUUCAAGAGAAGGCCAAAUCACUAAACAAUGAGAUGGAUGAGACUUGUAAAAAGAUGAAAUCAAAAGCUAAGGAGCUGGAGGAGAUUGAAAGGAUGAUUCAUCAACAGAGUAAACACUAUGAAUCAACCAAGCUAUUGAUUGAGGAACUAACUGAAGAACUUGCUUCUAAAGAGAAGAGACACAAUGACAUCACAGAGGCUAUUCAUAAACUUUCUUGCAAGCAACUUUCAAAAGAGGAAAGAUACAAUGCUGAGAAUGAGUCAACAAAAAAGGAGUUGAAGUCUUUGAAAGCAAUACUCAAUGAGAGAGAUAAACAAGUUGAAGAAGGAGAGAAACAAAUACAGAAUUUGACUAACUCCAGCAAGGAACUUAGCAGACAAAUCAGGGUGAGACAAGAACAGUUUUCGUCAAGACAAGAAAGUCGCGAUAAGGUUAAAAUUUCAAUUAAUGAUCUUAAUGCUCAGCAAGAUUCUAUUAGAAAGAAGCUUAGGUCUGUGCAAGAUGUAUUCACACAGUGCUGCCAAAACCUGUGUAUCAAAGAGAAGGAGUUGAAGUCUUUAGAAUCAAUACUCACUGAGAAAAACAAACAAGUUGAGGAAGGAGAAAAGAAGUUACAAGAUUUCAGUAACUCCAAUGAGGAACUUAUCAGACAAGUGAAGGUGAGACAAGAACAAGUUUGUUCAAUCGAAAAGGCGAUAAGGGAAUGCACAGAUGAGUUGGAAGCUAUGAGGAGACAUCAAAGCUCAAUCACUGACCUUACUGUUGAGAUGAAUUCAAAAGAAAGUCAUCUUAGUGUUGUCAAGAAAAAGCUUCAAGAAAGCAUGGAAGAGUUGCAAUCAUUAGAGGAGAAGAAGGUUAAGAUGCAAGCAUCAUUGAUGGAACAUGAAAUGAGAGCAAAGGAGCUUGAUGAAAAGGAACAGAAACUGAAAACCACAGAACAGGAAUUGGCUAAAUGGGUCAAAGAUUAUGAGGUGAAAGCAAAGCAGCUGUCAAGAUUUUGUCAAGAAAGAAACAUUGAUCAACAUGCUGCUCUUACACCGACAUUGAACUCAAGGAAACGUGGGAGACAUGAUGAGGAGUCACUAUCUCAGUCCUUAGAUAUAGAGAAAGAAAACACUUAUGACUUUGAGAACCAGAGGUCUCCAGACAAGUUCAAGAUUGAUCAAAUAUGGGCUAUAUAUAGUGACAAUGACAAAAGGAUGCCAAGAAAAUAUGCUCAGAUCAAGAGAAUAGACACAAGCCCUGAGCUCAAGCUACAUGUAGCACCUCUAGUGCUGUAUCCCCCUCCUAUAAAUCUAAUGACACAUCCAGUUUCAUGUGGCCGCUUCAAGUUGAAAAUUGGUAAAGCAGAAGUCCUUACACCUAGCAGCUUCUCACAUGAAGUUAAAGCCAUGAAGACUAGUGUAAACAGAUUCGAAGUAUACCCUAGAAAAGGUGAGAUAUGGGCUAUGUACAAGAACUGGAAUAUUACCCUAGAUGGGUCUGAAGAGGAAGAUCUUGAGAUUGUAGAAGUAGUGGAGACUAAAGAGGAGAGCAUACAAGCAAUGCUUUUGACUGCUAAAGUGUUUAACAAGCUUCUCUAUGGAAGGUGUCUUGAGUCAAAGGCAGGUUUUGUAGACAUUCCAAAGAAGGAAGUGAAUAGAUUAUCCCAUCAAAUUCCAGCGGUUAGACAUGAGAGGAGUGAAUGGUGGGAGGUUGACUCUAAAGCACUUCUUGAUCUUAACCCAAAGAUGUAUAAGAGUAUUUCCAAAGAUGAAGAAAAUCUCAACAUCAAUGGAAAUCUCAGAAGGGAGAGUACUCAAAUGAAUUGGAAGAAAAAAUGGUACAGGUCUUGA